CCAUACAUUUUAAAAUCCCGGCAGAAAAAUCCGCGUGUUUUGAUGGAGUUUUCUAAUUGAUGUUUUGGUUGUAAAUUAGGUAGUUAUGGCAUUUUUAUUGCUCGCGGCCAUGCAUUUUGGCUUAGUUAUUACAGAACCUUCUGUGAAGCCCAGCUCUAUCAGCUCAGUGACUGUAUGGCCAAAGACACUAUUUCCCGUUGAAUUAGGUCAAACUGUUACGUGGGUGUUUAGUCCAAUUGGAGGUGCCGAUUAUGAUGUAAACUCGGCCCUCAGUUUUGACAUUGGUGGUCAAAGGGCUUACCGCGUUCAAAAGGACAAGUGUGGGGGUCCUUUAGAGAAAUAUUUUUCCUGCAUUUACAAACCGCAAAAUGAAAUCUCGGUUACUUUCACAGCAGAUGAAUCUCAUUAUGGACAGCUGCUGCAAGUUUUCUACUAUAAAGAUAUGUAUUCCUUGUGGCUUGCAGAUACACCUGCAAUUUUCACUGAAACUAUUCAGGUACAGUUUGCAUUUAUGUUGCGGAGUACAAUUAUUUAUCAAAUUAGGACUUGCCAUUUCAAUGCAUUUAUUGUUAUUUAAAUAUCAGUUGGUAAUUCAAAAGAAAAUUUAGGAGAUAUCUGUGACUUAGACGCUGGUCACAAUGAAAUAGCGACUCGCUAUCGAUGUACAACUAAGUUUAAUUUGAACUGUAAGCCUAGUUGUAAGGUUUAGAUAUCGAUAUCGAUGUAGCUAAUGCCAUCUUGAUAAUUUUUUGAGUGUUUGGAAUAUUGACUUUCAACAAACGUAUCUCCGUAUUUCCUUAUAUUUAAUAUCCUGAUUUUCGUUGACUCCUAGUGGUGUUACCAAGUGUGACAUUUUGUUUAGUAUUAUAAAUGAUGUGACUCAUAUCAUUGUGUUGGUUCGCGUUUUAUCAAGACGGUAUGAUGUCUGAAGUUUCAUGUUUGGUUGCAAGACUUUUAAGAAAUCGGUUUUAAUAUCUGAUUUUGUUGACGAAAUCUGUAGCUUCUGUGCGUUAGGUGCUGUUUAAUACUCCGGGUUUCGUAACCCGUUUCGUUCAUGGCUGGCAGUGGAAAACUACUUGAUUGGGUGCAUUUGUUGACAAGUGCUCAGUUGUUGGAGGCGUUGGGUGACAACAAUCAAUGACACAAAUGCAUUCAAUAUUGAAUAAAGCCAUUAAUAAUAAUAAUAAUGACACAUGCAUUUUCUCUCAGCCUUGAGUUCUAGUGUUCCUCCAUGCAUGCUUUUCCAUUCGGUCUUUUCGAAACAUAUUCCCAGUGUUUAGUUUCAUUUCAUUGUUACCGCAUUUUUUUCGACCUGCCUUGUUAUUUCCAACUGAUCAUGCUGUUAUGGCGAAUUAGGCCAUCACAUUUAUGCUAGGCCCUAUAUCAAUGAUGCCUAUCUGUCUAUAUCUAGUUUGGUGUUAGAUAACUGAAAACUUAGGUUAAUCUGACCUAUCCAAUACUUGUGUUCCAUCCAAAAGCAUUUUUAACGAGGGAUCGUUAUUAACGUUAAACAUUUUGUUUGAUUAUUUUCUCACAUCAUACCUGUGAAAGAAAUCUUGUAGUAGGAGUAAGUUUAAAUCACCGCAUAACGUGUUAGGAUCUGCACAUGUUGGAACUUUGUAAUUGUGCAUUCUAUUCAUUGUCUUGUUAAUGAGACUAGGUAGGGUGGUUAACCAAUACAAGUUUGGAUACUACUCUUUUUGUGGUUCGUAAGUCCCUGUUUUGUGUCUUACAUUAUAUUUUGUUAACAAAUCUUAAUCUGUUAAAUAUAAGGUUGUUAGAUUUACUCAUAUCAAUCAAAAAUGCAAUAAGUUGAUUCCUUUAUGAAACUUGAAGCUAUUUUGUAGUCUUUUUCUUGAACUAAUUUCUGGAGUAUUAUAGUUGUGAAAGCAAUUUCAAGUGUUCGGGCACAUGCUUUUCAGGUCUCGUAAAGACUUAUUUGUUUCAUCGUCUGGAUGUUCCUUCCGAAAGUAAUGUCUCAAAUGGUUAAUCAUAAGGAAAACUGAAAAUUAAGCGUUCUCUGGUAAUCUUAGUAUAAUUACUAAAUCAUUUAUUGUAAUAUUUCUUUCUACAGUGGGACAGUAUCUUGGUGGUUUAAGCAUCCGUUGUUGUGGGCCCAAAUCUUUCUCCGUCUACUUUUGUUUCGGGUUUCAGGUAGUAUCGCUAGCUUCCACAAUUUGAGUGUGGCUGGGAACCGUACAUACAAAUCUCUACCUGGUAAAUUGGUUAAUAAUAAAUAGGCCUACAGAACAUGAGAUAUAAUCUAGGUUGAUGAGCAUAUUCCUUAUACUGUCGUAGUAGUAUGCAGGGGUCGUACACGGAACACUAUAAACUAACAAAAUUAUGAUUCUCUUUCACAAACUAAUCAAAAUGGUCCCAGGGAUUUCUUUAAACCCUUAUUUAAAACGACUCACUAUAUUUAAUGUUAGCAACUGAAUUAUUAGGUUAGGUACAUAGGAAUGCUUAAUUAUUUGCUUUUCAAUGUCUAAUUUUAUUUCGAAGUUGAGAAACUUAUUCAUUACGAGGAUUAUCACUAUUUUGUGAGUAGUAAUGAUAAUAUCAUAUCCCUAACUGAAAAUUCAAGUAACACUAUUCAUAAAGAACGAAACAACUGGUAAGGCUUAAUGCUAUUUAGUAUGGUUUUUUGGUGUCAUCAAAGUGUGCCACCACUAAGAAAUAGUUCGCACUCAAAAAGUCAUUCAGAGCCGUAAUUUUCCUUAUGUCUGACCAGUUUCAACUCCUGUGGAACUACAAUAAAUAUAUGCUAAAAUCUACCAAAUAUUUGUCUAAGUAUGCUGUUUAUACUUAAUAAUGGAGUGUUUGGUUAGUUUUAAUUCUCUAGCUGUUCGUCUCGUGUUACCAGUGAGCCCCACUUAAUAAUGGUGAUUAAGUGGAAAAUGUGGUGGGUUUCACCCUUUAUAUUUUAAGUUUCACAUCGCUGACCAACUUUGGGCAAAUAAACACCAAAAAACAAAGAAGUCUGGGACAGCUGUUUUGCUUUAGUAUUAUGAUGCUCACCAGGGAUUAAGUCCAGGAUCAUAAAACCUUGAAACCCCUCUUCAUUUGAACAGUUUUUUGGGUAGUCAAUCAAUAUUAUGUAACGUAAAGUUUGUUUUCAUAUUCCAAGGUUUUUUAAUUGUUUGUCAUCUCGACAAAUAAGCUGACGUGUUGAUUCCUGUUGACUGUAGAUGACAACGGGAUAUUCUAGAAAGAUGCGUACGAUAUGACGAAACUGUCAAUAAAGAAAAAAAGAUAAUUGCAAACGGAUUUUUUUGUCUGGCUAGGUUGACAAACUCGUUCUAUUAUUCUUCAUUUAUCAACCCUUUGUAUCUUAUUUUCAUCACAAAAGCUAUUUCUAAAAUAAUAUCAAAAAGCCUUAAAAUUUUAUCUUGCCGACACGAUUUUAAAGUGAUUUACAUGGUUUUUAUUUUAGUUGAUUAAGCAACCUACAUUUGUCAAAAUGUCAAUGGAAUUAAAAGAACCCUCUCGCUAUAUUCAUAAUGUACCAACCAAUCUUCGCUUGGACCCCCCAAUAUUCCUUACAGGCUCCAAUGUUCGGAUUGACUGUUCGACUGAUGGGUCGUUACCUCCAGCUCCAAUAAGUUUCAGUAUUGAAUGCCCUCUUCCACCAACGGCUGUUGUUGAGCACGAUCGAGUCACUCAAGCUAAACAAAAUUUAGCCUAUGAAGUUUUCUAUGCAGCUUAUGGUUUUCGUUCACCUCCAACACUAGCCGAGUUAGCUCCAUAUGUUGCACGAAAGAAUGCUGAUCAACUUCUACGUCUUGGUCAUGUUUCAUCCAGUAAAGAUAAUUUAACUUUGACAGCUCGUCUAACCAUUAAUGAAAAGGCACACGAUUGUCAUGUUGUUUGCCGUUUAGGUGGAAAAGAGACACGUCGUAUAUUGACAGUAUACUGUAAGUGUGAUCAUACACUAUUUUGAUCUCUAUUUAAGGUGGUUUUUGUUACUAUGAGUGGAUACUUUCGGUGACUUUUUCAUAAGACUCGUAGUUACUCUUAGCUUAGAAAUGUGGUUUUUCAUAAGAAAAUUGUUGUGUUUUGUCCUGUUAAUUAUCAUGUGAUAUGAUCGCCAGUCAGAGCACGACUUAUAUGACCUUGAUACUGUACCGAACCAAUGACGUGUUGAUCGGUACGAGAAGCCUAGAGUCCUUGUUAGUCCUUCUUGCCUAACCCUGCCUAUUGAGUCCAAAACACCAAUAUCAGCUUCCCCUGUAUGAACCAUAUAUUUCACACAUACUUGGUUUAUAUACAAGCAAAACAGACCAUGAAUUAAAAAAUAACAAUUAUACAAGAUCAAGCCAAAAAUUGGCUGUGAUUGUGAGAGACUGUGACUAAUAAGUUGGGAAUAACUUAGAAAUAGUAAAUCGCAUAAUAAUAGUCAAUAGGUCAGACAAAAGCCUAUGAUAAAAGGAGAAUAUAUAUAUAUAUAUAUAUAUAGUUAAGUUAUACAAUAAGAAUAUAAAAUAACAGUCCAUAAAUAUAUCCUUGCAGUUCAUUUAUUCUUUAUUCGGAUAUGACAAUAGUUUCACAUUUCUUAGAGUUUCGUUUUGUUCGUAAACAUCUACCCUAUAGUUUACUGAUUUUCUAGUUCUCAUUUUUUAUUGUUGACGUGAUUAUCGUCUUAUUAUGAUUCCCAAAAUUAAGUUUCCAAGAUAAUUCAAGAUCUGUUCGUAUUUGGAUAACCUUGACUAGUUUAUUUUUAACUACUUCAUAAAACCCAUAUCAUUAUAUCCUAACGUUGUUAAAAAGAUGGAUCAUCCCACGUGGAAAUGGUAAUUAGUCACUCAGUUUAUUCUAUUCAGUGUGAAGCCUAGCGCAAGCGUUUGUCGGUUCAAGUCGUCAAACACCACAUCAUCAUAGUGAGAGGGGAAAUUAGCAUGGUGAAAAUUGCAAAAAAUAAUGUCAACUGCAACGAAAUGCAAAACAUCAAAAUUCUAUUUCAAGGAGAACAAACAUGAUCGAAUAUCAAAAAGUGGACACCGACAACCAUUGGGACGAAUUUUGGACUAUGUCACGUAAUGCCUCCGAACAUAUACUACAACUACUGUCAGGGUCCCGAUUCUUCAUCUUUCAACAAGACUCAGAUCAAUGGUCUGACUUCACGGUCCUAUCGUGUAUCUUUACUUCCUCUUUACUAGCUUUCUGCAGCGUAAUACUACUCCAGAAAACAUUGAACGUUUGGUAAGCAAUAGCUAGACGUGCAAUAACCGUCUCGACUGAUUGCUACUGGUUUCACCAAUCGACCUACCGUCUCUUUACUUUUUUCUUUUUACCUAAAACCCUCAGAACAGGCUCAAUCAUUCUGUUUCCACGAUAUUCCAGCAAUGUUUCGGAAAUAAAUAUUUCAGCUUACACUUGGAUGUAUUGCAGUUGUCUGAUUUUAGCAAAUGGUUGUUAAUUCUCUCUUGUUAUAGAUGAAAUCGGUGAGUGAUUGCAAGCAUCUAUGUUAAAUAUCUAAGUGGGUUGAAAAACUACUACUAAAAUUUGAUGGUUAAGUAAUGAUAGGACUGUGAAAAACUCAAUAAAGUAAGGCUCCAUCUGUCAUUAGGAUUCCUGGGUCGUACCAUCUUAGUUUACUAUAUUAGAUGUAACUCUAUGUCCUCUUGUUUUAUUAAACUAGACGUUUGAGAUUGAAAUUAGAGUUUAAUACUGAGAUAUUUAGUGCUAAACGUUUAGACUCUUGAAUGGUAUCUUUAACGCCUAAUCCUUUCUACCACCACUCAUACUGUUACUACCUCUACUAUUCUGAAAUUUGAUUUGACAGUUUCAUCUCUGUGCUAAUAGGGUAUGGCAAGUUGAACCGAUGUACAUACGUUUAGAUUGACUGACACUCUACAUCUCUCGUUUCUAUUAGAUUGUGUGGAGAAAAUUGUAAAACUUAUAAACUCCCUUUAUACUUUGAUGGUAACUUGAAAUUCGAGAUGCAGUUUAUUUAUUGUCAUAAAUAGAAAAUAAAUCGGGUUCUAAUAGCUCAUUGGUAUUUGUGGGCGCUUCAUUUGCUCAGUUUAAUCUGAUGUCUCCGUCGUGUUUUAACAUUUUGUUGACCUGGACUGAAGUUUCUAUAUUUACCGAAUGUGUAGUGUAUUUUGAUUAACUCUGUGCAUAAGUUCCGAGAUUUCUAAAAUGACGUAAAAUGAGUAAACCCGCUGUUUUUAAUCCAUAUAUAUUGGUUGUUUGAAUCUUCCCAUUGAUGUUUGGGACUGCAGUUGGUCGUUCUGUUUCGAUAUAAGUGCAUCCUGUACGGAUUGCCUCAAUAUUGUCACUAAGCCACUAGCACUUUAAACAGAAACGGAACAUCAACUCUCAAAUUCAGGCACAAUCAGCUGACGAGUUUCGAUUAGGACGAGACAUGCGUCUUGGAUUCCAAUGUUAGCCACCAUCCAUCUUUGUUUAAAACUCAUUAUUUUUGUUUAGUUUUAGCUUCAUCCAUAACUCAUAUAUUUAUGCCUUCGUAGAUCCAACUACAAUAUCUUAUUUAUUACCACGUCCUCGUGAGGGCUUUAUCUAUGUUGGGUCGGAGAUAACGUGCUAUGCAGAUGGACACCCACCUCCUAUGUUGUCUCUCCGUCUUGCACAACCAUUACGUCCACCUAACCCACUUACUGUUGAAGAAAUCGACGCUUUACGUCAGGGUGGUCGACUACCUCCUUUAAUUGAAGAUGACCCUAUAACUAGAGAAUUAACACUUACCAAUGCAGGACUAGAUAUAGUUCCACAGCAAAUCGUACCUUCUCCUCCUGGAACUGAGAGUAAGGAUAGCUCAUUUGUUGCGUCUUCUGGAACACUUCAUCAAGUUCCAGUGGGCCCUGAUAACAAGUGGCUAAAUGGAAACGGAAAAGAACCUUAUGAACGUGCUCACCGUGUUCCUGGGCUUGGCUUAUCCACCGUAGAGAGGCAUCGUCAACUAGGUCUCAGACCUGACGAAUAUAGUAUACAAGGAGCUACAUUUUAUUUAGCACCAAAUGCUACUCCAGGUGUUGAACUCCUUCUGAGUUGUACUGCUCGCAAUGUCCUUCCAGGCGAUACAACAUUCUUGGGACUGAAUGGAACAAUUACUCGUACUCGAUUUGUGGUAGCUGGUAAGUUAAUGUGAUUGAGUUUAUGGUAAAUCUAGUUUCAUGUACAACCGUGGUUUAAAGGCUGUACUAGUACUAUUAUGCCCUCAUUUUGUUUACCCUCGAACUAUGUAUUUUCUUCCGACUUUACAUUUGAAGACAGUCCAUUUUCAUAAUAUAAAAACUAUAAAUAGUGCAAACUCAAUAAUGUUGCCGUUCUCAGUACUACGUCACGAUCGUAAUUCAUGAUUUGAAGAUCUAGGCGCCUAAAGGUUAAUAGACAGCCGGGUUAUUCGUUGUGGUUCGAAGUCAAAUCUUCAAAUCAAUUCCCAACACCAUCUUGAGCGUCCGUUAUUUGUAUCGACAAACAUUCGAAUUAUCCUGCAUUUCUGCUCAAUCGUAAAACAAUUUUGAAAAAAAUUGAAUUAUUGUUUCCUAAUAUAUGAAUAAAAACGAAUCAACCCUGACAACUAUACAAAACCAACUGGAGUGUUUACAUGUUGUUUGUUGAUUACUUGCUUGUAACUCAAAAUGUCGAUGUAAUUGUGCAACGAGAAAUGUCGUUAAAGAUAAAACAAAGCGGGAAAAAUCAUAUAGGAACAAAAACAGGAAUGUUAGAUAGAAAAUUUCAUUCCUACUACAAUUGCACUCUACUGAGUCAUUAUUAACAUCAAAAAGAGUUACAACGGGAUUGCCACUGACUUGUGUUUCUAAUUCGUGUUUGAUAAUGUUUUAAGCGGUUGAACUCAACUGUCUCUGUGAGUGUAACUGUAGGAUCGUUGGAAUUAUCAUUCGUCUGAACCGACUUAAUUUAUCCCAAGUCGUACGUUGCUUAUGAUUGAGAUUAUAGGAAAAAAUAAGAAGCUGGUUGGUGAUUGUAGUGCUCGACUUUCAACUUCUGAGUUACAGGUUAGAGUUCAGCUCAAGCUAAUUUGGUUUGAAUAGCCAGACUGGCUCACUAUCUUACACACAAAACUCGUGGUUAAAAACCGAGCUCAUGAACUUGUACUUGUUUGCCUAUUUACCUUUAGUCAAAUGUUCAAAAUGUCAACAAAGCAACGGUCAUUUUCUACUUAUGAUGUAAGUGAUGUCCGUCACAAAUCGACUUCAGUUGGGGUUCAGCUCCCACCACAAGAUAUGUAAAUUUUGAUCCCAGUACUUCGCAGUGUCAUAGGUCCUUACAGCUAGGGAGUCUCAUACUAGUGAAACAGCUGCCCAGUGUUCCUUGACUUCCAUUAGUUACCUGGUUAAAGUCAUUCCGUUAAAUAAACUACAAAUCAAGCAUUCUCAACAAACUUAAGCUAAAACUAUUAACUAAAAUCACAUAAACAGAUAUCAGAAAGGGUUUUGUGGAUAUUAUAGCAAUUUUUAAUAGUUAAGAUCAUGAGUCAAUUAAAGCUAGACCACCAUGGAAAACCUGAAAUCACUGGACGGCCGUUUCGUCCUACUGUGUAACUCCUCACCAGUGCGCAUCCUCGAUCCCACCUCGCGAGAUUCGAACCUAAGACUUUUAACGGUUUCCCACAAAAGUUGGUUUAUUUUUUAAGCUUGUUAUCGUUAUUUUUUGGACAUGGAUUUUUAUUCUUAGUGUUUGUUUGUGACUAUUUUCAUUGCUCUAGCUGGUAUUUAUUUAUCCCAUGUAAUGGUGGACUUCAUAUUUUCCAGGUUUUUAGUUUGUUGCCAUGUAUAUGUAUUCAAAGUAAAAAAAGCUCAUGCUCUGUUGAGUUUCACACCUAUAUUUUUUGAAUAUGUAUACGAUAAGAAUUGCUUACAGGAUAUCCCAUCUUCGAAAUCAGAUUAUAUACGUUUAUACACAUAACUGUACCUGCACACAAAAUAACCCCAGUAUCGAUAAUCUAACUUGAAGCUAGUUGCAGUACCUUUAUAAACCGACUACAGCCGACUUAUCGACUUAUUUUAAAAAAAAUCAUGCGUCAUCGUUUUGGUAACUUGUUUCUCCAGUGACAUUCGCAUCAUCUGCCUUUCAUCCCUUGAUAAGGCUGAAACCCAUUGACUGGUUAAAUAUUGUUCAAAACAGUUUGAACAAUCUAUUCACAGUUAUGUUGUGGUGUGUGCUACUUAUAUUGACAUUAGUAGUAUAUGAUGGUAGUCAUGAACAGAAGGUCUGGCAGCAGAGACAAGAGGAUCGAACAGUAAAGAAUAGAAACAGGAUGCGAUUUGCAUGGAAAUGCAAGAACAAUGAAGUCUGAGUCAUUUUGAGACAAUUGAUGGACAUUUUAUAGAUUAAGCAUUUACUGCAUGAUUGUUAGAUUUUAUUAACAAGUCCUGUAAUUAUGUGUUAAAUACAUUCGAUUGUCCCCACCCGUGUUCUGUUCACUACAGUGUUAUCAUUCCUUGAGUUAUUUCAUGAUGCUUGAAAAAAUCAACUAAGCAGUUAAAUCAUAUUUCAUCAUUACAUUGAAUUAAAAUCUGUUCAUCUCUUUUUUUAAAGUCUUAUCGCCGACUAGUUGGGCAGUAGCUCUUGGAAUAUGCUUUUGUGUACUACUUAUAUUAUUGAUUAUAUUCGGUGUCAUGUUAUUACAGAAGAGGCAUCAAAAUCAAGCAGCCAGGAAUUCAAGGAGCACAUCAAACGGAGCUAAAAAGUAAGUUCAUGAGUUAAUUAACAGAAUAUUUAACCUCAUAUGAAAUCUUUCUUUUAUAUAUUACUACCAUUGAAGUAACUGCUUCUAUGAAUUUAAUGUGCUAAUGAGGUGUGGCAACUUGGACCGACGCAUAUAUGUGCCUGAUCCUACAUUGUAGCUGACUGACUGUGACAAUUUCUUUAUUCAUUACUCGGUAAGUUUGAGUUUAGUAAAUAAGUUCUUCGCUCAAAUUAUAAAACAUUGCAUCAAAUUCCUGUUACGUCACACUUUGAUUGCAAGGAUUACUGGAUAUUUUUCUUUAAACGCGAGAAAUUCUGUGCUGAUUCUACAAAUACUAUUAUAAUAUUCUAAAUAAAUCAUAGAUCAUUCGAUUUGUGUGAGGGCUGGGAUACUGUCUGGAUGCCCAAACCAAAGCAGGUGGUUUUCUUAGAGGGCCAUACCUGGAACCUUCGACCUGCAAGUCUGAUCCACAAGGCAGUGGAGCAACGCCAGGAGAUGCAGUCCCAUGGUAGCCGGUGACCAACAAUAGGUUCAUACGCCAUUUGUUCCUUUAGGAUACUGGAGCUCUUGUGCACCAUUGGUUUGGAGUCAGGGUUUUCCAAAUCCCCUAGGUGAACUCUACGUGUCCACCAACCCGGUUGAAGCACUGGACAUUCGCUUUUCGUCCUCUCAAUUUCGUAAACAACACCCCCGCCACGAGAAAGCAGUGAGUAGGACUUCCCUGGAAAUGGUUGUGGGAUUAUCAAAAUGAUCAGUAAAAUAUAGAUGAUUAAUAGAUAAUGUAUUAUCAUAUGAUAUUAGAUCCAAUAAUUCAUUUUAACUCUGAAUGUAUUUAUAACAAGAACAUGGCUAAUACCCAGCAGAAUGUUUUUUGUUUAUUAAAACAGCAUGCUUUUAUGUAAAGCAAUGAACAAAAUUCAAAACGUGAUUAUAUUCCAUAAAACAACUAAGCAGUUAGGGAGUAUGAAUGUUAUAAGUUAAUUACUUGUUAUUGAGAGAAAUGAAACCCGAACUUGAUACCUAACUCUUGUCCCUGAUAUCAAAGGCGUAUUGAAACUACCUGCCCAUGUAAACAGAUGUAGAUGGAAUGACGUUCAGACCUGGUUGAAACCUAAGUGCUUUAAUCACUAAAUCAUAGCUUCAUCUGCGUGUAAAUGGUGAAUACCAUAAAAUGUUGUUAACUAGGUCACCCAAUGGUGUAGUGGAUAGCGUUCUAGCGUUUGAAGAAAUGGACAUGAUAUUCGUGUCUCAGAGCUAAUGUAAACACUUGAAUUUUGCUACACCCAGCAACUGAUGGUUAGAGACCCUGAAUGACAUGGCUCAAAAUCGUUUGCAAUGGCACAGGUGCAUCCACUCUCUGUGUCCUCCCAAAUUCUAAUCUUCUGAAUUCUUCAUGUCCCUUUUUUCCUCUUUCAAAAUUUAUUUCACUGUAUUAUACUCUUUAAAUAACAUCUCCAAACCCUAAUGUUUCCGAUUACUGCUUGUACUCUUACUACCUCUAUUAUUACGGAAUUUGAAUCGACAACUGUAUCUCUGUGCUAAUGUGGUGUGGCAACUCGAACUGAUGUACGUACGUACGAAGUUCUACGUUGUUACUGACUGACUGACUGACACCCAGCUAAUAAGUUUUGAUAAAGCACAAAACACAUCUUGUAUCAUUCCACUAGAUGAUUAUCAUGCAUCAUGUAAGAUGAUAUCAUAGACAUGUGUUCCUGAACUGAUACAGAUUCUAAACAAGUUUCCACGCAUAUUUUCACAUAAUUGUUCCGCUUCAAUAUUAAUAAUUGAAAAGAUACACAAAGAGAGAUCAGACCUAAUAGUGAUUGUUUAUUAUUACUGUUGUAAAUAAAAAGAUUAAUAAGUGGAGACUAACUUGUUCCUUAUCUAAUUUGUUCUGCAAAAGUUUGCUGAUCCUUUCAUAUUUUAAUGUAUUGGAAGAAAAUAAAUUUCCCCAUUAAUUUAGUAGAUUCUUCUUAACAUUUACCUUUUUCAUUAUUCUCAGCCAUUACGUCCAAUUACUAUACAAAUAUCUUUACCUGUAAAAUAAUGCAGAGUAAACGGUGGUUUGUAUUUGUCUGUUUUUAAACUAAUAAUGAUCUACAUGUACACAACCUAGAGACUAAAAAUCGAUUGCUAUAUCCACUCAGUUAACAUUAAUAUGCAUGACAUUCAGGCAGUUGUCUAUUAAAAUAAAACACACUUUUUUAUAACUAAUAAAUUUUACAUUAAAUUUCACUAUAGUUAACAAUCACUUCGUAUGCUUCGUAUAUGUUUAAUGCUAGUUAUAAAAACAUGGUCUUAACUAUUUUUAUAACAAACAAAUUGUUGAAUUUACUGUAGAGUAUUGAAAAGAAAAUUAACUUAUGUACUAUGAAAUAAGUUUCACAUUUGAAUGAAUGAAAGUAACAACUAGUUCAAAUGAGGCAAUAUUGUCUAAUCCAAUUACACUAAUUCAAUAUCAUUCUGGGUUUCUUUAAUCUCACUGUUUGUUCGGUAAUCAAUAAUGUUUGUCCUAGAAUUCCAGUCACUCAUAAUCAACUUUCGAUAUGCUGUAGAUAGAUGUGUAUCAGUUCAAGUCCCUCACACACCAUAUCAGCGUGGCCAGACGAAAUUAAUAAAGUGAAAAAGCGAAAUGGCAGCUAGUGUCAAUGAUUAGUAAAAAAAAAAGAUUGAGCAUAAAGAAUAUGUUUUAAAAUCAGUGGGUAGUAUGGAGAAAUAACAAUAGUCAAAUCAUAGUGUGACUCGAAAUCUACUAGAUCAUUAUGACCGAUUGUGAGGAUACGUCACCCAGAUUUUUGCGAUUAUUGUGUUUAUCCAAUUCAAGAAGUCUUCGCCAAUAAUCUGAUGCAUCAUUGAUUACAUUAUGGUGUCUUAUAAAUUAAAAAUGGAUUCAAGAAUUAGGUGAUUGCAAGCUAUGUUUUAUUAAUUGUAUAUAUCUACGUACAUAAUUACAUUCCUGUUCUUUGAAGAUAGUGAUCUUGGUUAGUUCACGAUCGAAGAGACCUAUGAAAGGUUCGAAAUUACCAUCAUACCACAUAAAUAAAUAGUUAACAUCUACUUAGUAAUCAACUGGCUUUUUAAAUUGAUUGGUCAUGAGAACGAAUGAUUUAUACAGUCAGUCAUCCAAGUUAAGAGUUAGACGUUAGGUGAGUAUGGCGGUAUACAUACUUAGCUGAAUUAGAUUUGGAAAUAUCUCCAUUUACAGGUUCUCACCAGUGAUCUUUAACGUAUCGUGAGGCGUCCGGUGUGGCAUAUGUACUGUUGAAAUGAUUGUCAAAAUAUAUUAUUCACCCCUGUUAAAGACUCAAUGAUAGGUACUCCAGCCUACAUCAGUUUGUUUGGUGGAAAAUUACCUCUAAAUUAAAUGAAAUAUUCAUUCAAAAAGUCAUCAGAAUAAACUGUGUUUUAUUAUUUUAUUGAUAUUGUAGUGAACAAGAACACCAGUGGGGACAAUCGAAGGUAUUUGAUAGAAAAUUACAGAACUUGUUAAUAAAAUCUAACAAUCAUGCAGUAAAUGCUUAAUUUGCAAAAUGUCCAUCAGUGGUCUCAAAAUGACUCAGACUUCACUGUUCUUGCAUUUUCAUUUAAAUUGCAUUCUGUUUCCAUUCUUUACUGUUCGAUCCUCUUGUCUCUGCUGCCAGACCUUCUGUUCACGACUAACGUCACAUACUACUUAUGUCGAUAUAAGUAAUAAACAUCACAAUAUUCUAUAUUAAUUAUCGUAAUCAUAUUUUAAGAAACAUUUUCUGCUAUCCAUCUCCAUGGCCGGUUGAUCACCUUGUAACGAAUACAGCUUUAUUAUUUUAUAAAAAUAGAAACCUUGUCUUUCAGCUUAAAAAGUUGGUUAGAUUAUCCUUUUUUAUAUCGCUUAAAUUUUAAUAAGUAGCAUGUAUGUGGAUAUUGUCAUUAUUGACAGUUGGACGUAUAAGCAACUUAAUACAAAUAAACCUAGUGAAUAGCAGAAUUUAUGGAAGACAGAAUUAUUUCCCUGCUAGUGUAUAAAUUAUAAUCCAUAUGUUCUACAAAUAGAAAAUAUAGUUAUUGCUUUUUUAUCUUCUGAAGUGAUUUGUUAAGGUUUCAUGUUUUAUUUUUUUUACAAUGUAUGCACACAUAGAAAACUGAAGAUAACUAAUGAUCAUGGAGAUGAAAAAAUAUUUCAUAACAAAUAAGCGUAUCCAUCCAUCGUGGAUUCUAUCAGACUUCGUAUCUAGAUUCAUUUGUAUCCAAAACUAGAGGAUCUGUAAAUUCUACCAGUUUCGAUAUUCAAUUUUGAACCAAUAGAUAGGCUGGCUGCACACACGUCUCUAUAUAUUUUUUUAAGCGAGCUGUCAUCAAUUGGUUCAGUGUCGAUAAAAUCAUAUCAUGUAUUUCUCCAAUAUAUCCUACCAAAGUAUUGAGUAUAUGAUUAAAACACUCGUUUUCCCAUCCAUAUCUACUAACUUGGUGAUGGUUGGGAUGCCUUAUCGUGAUGACCUAGCCGACUUUUAUUGGUUGAAAUGCGUAUUCCUUUAGGUCAUAUCAUAUCGGGUAGUUUGGUUAAAGAACAAAAUGAGUCACGUGGUGGAAGUUACAUGGUUGUGGUCCGCGCGAUUAUCGUAACCAAUGGUUGGAGACUUUGGGUGACAUGACUCAGAUUCGAUCACAAUGGCAUAGGUGUAUGCCAGCUUGAAUCAAUGCAAUUACGUGCCAGUUUCUCCGUUACUUAUGACUGACUCAUUGUAUUAGUGAAAGUAUUCACUUUAAUUCUAAAAUAUACAUCUUUGGAAUGUGUGUGAUAAAUCAUAUAUGUAUCAUGUAUACUGUUAAAUUGUUCUCGACUCUCGAACUGGUGAGGGUUUUUCUCAUGUUUAUUUUUUGAAAAUAAUUCAUUGAAAGGGAAAGUUAUGUUUUAUUGAUUAAUAAUAUGUGUGUAAUUAGUUUUCUUAAGUUGGAAUUGAAUCGUCAAGUAAUCCAUAUCUUUCGUUUUAAAAUACAUCAAAUCCUGCGAUCUGUUCAACUCUCUGGGUUAAACUUCAUACCUAUAAAUGUAAUAAUUUCUACUUCGGAUCAUAAUCCAUAUACAUUUACUAGGCUUCACCGGCAAACUAACUUAAGGUAUAAAUGUAUAUGUUGGGUCAACCGAAGAAACUACUCCAAUUUACUGUAGUUUUACAGAAAAUGCUGACAGUUCUUAGUAAUUUUAUUUCACCAAAUAGUAUGCUGAUGUUAUCAUCAAUCUUUUCAUUUAUUUGAAACUGUCGAGAGUAAUCUUUUCCGAUUCUUCUGUUUUUUACUUCCAAAAAUUCUAGACCAAAGAAUUAUUCCAAAGAUAUGAUUGCUAAAGUAAGUUAAACUUUUAUUUAUCAAUAGUGUUAUGUAUUGUAAGCUACAUUAUGUUGUUUUAGCGUAAUUUAGUCUACAUAUUUGUUUGUGCUCUGCGUUAGUUUGUGCAUAGUCAUGUAUGGCCCUGGUCUGCGUUCCAGCCACACUCUCAACCCCUCGUUCAUCUCCUCACUAAUUCUCAUCAUCCUGCCAAAAACACCAUUCUUCUCAUUUCUGUCUAAAUAACCUAGGUAAAUUUGUGGAAUUGUAAAAAUGACUGAAGUAUUUGUUUAUUUGGCUGCAAUCGUCCAUCAAAUUUUUACCGAUUUCAUUCAGAACAAAUGUCUUUGAUGAUAGUGUUGACUUUAUUUCUUGACAACUGACGCUACUUUCGAGGAAAAAGAAGAAGACCGGGGGAUUUGGAAAUUCAGAGAAUUUCGUUCAUUAGUUCAUUUUCUCAGCUUAAUAGUUGUGAUGUAGUUCAAAUAGGUUGUGCUGAAAACGGCAAAUGAAGAUUGCUAAGUUUUGCUAUCUCUAUUGGAUUAAUGUGUAUUUUUCUGGAGAAUAUCCAUUGUGAUUCUAUUCGAAUUAUUUUUAUUCUCUGGUAGACUUGAACAGUACAUAUCGCCUAGUAAAUUCUCCAAUCAUUGAUAUCUGCUACCCCAGAAACCAUAGCCAUUUCAGAUUGAUUUGUUUAAGCUCAUCAAAUAAAGUUGUUUAAGAUUAUCACCUCCGUAGUAUGUUUAUGAUAUAGUGUUACACAUUUAAAAGGUUCCGUAUUUUCAAUGUAUAUUCUAGUUUGAUCUUAAUCCACAUUCAGUGUUAUUAUUCAUAGGUAUUCUUCUAAAGCAUUCGUUUCCUUAUUCUUAAAUGUGCUUUUCUUUUAUAUUUAACUUAGUUUAUCAAAUAAAAAAACUAUCGAUUAUUAUCAUUAUUACCAUUAUUAAUAAAAAUCAUUAUGUGAAUAAAGAGUACCUAAUUAGUUGUUUAAUUUAAUUUAACAUAAUGAACACAUAGUAGUCCAACCUAUGCUCAUUAUUCAUUACUGAUAGUGUGGUUUUCCAGCCUCACUCGGUAAAGGCUAUGGGCUUAUUUGUAUUAGAAUCCGGUUUCCGAAGCUCAGGAACCCACCUCAUGGACGGGAUUACGUGGGAAAAUCGUUGGAACCCCGGGUUUUGGCGCGUGGGCGUCGCAUCAAGGCCAAGUAUAGUCUACAUACACACCGGUAACAUAAGUUUGCACCCAUUUAUCUGUUGCCAUACACAUAAGUAUACUUACUCUGUGGGCAAAUAUACGUAACAUGCAAACCAGUAACAAGUUUUCAUUCAUGCAUCACAUAGCGUACAUAUAGGUAUAUUCAUCCACUUGGGAGGGUAGAUGGUCACCGCUGCCCUCGGACGUAUCCACUACAACUGACUGUCUCUAAAGCAUUACAUGCAUACCACUGGUACAAAGAUUUUCGUCCAUGCAGUUCAUAAAAUACAAAUAAGCAUAAACACUCUCAGGAAGGGUUGAUGGUCACUUCUCCCUAGUAUUUGGUACCACAUCUUUUUAUUAUCUCUUCGACCUGAUGGUUUGGGCCCCUGAUUUUAUUAGAUACAAGGAAUACAUUUCAACUUACAUUACUUUUGAGAGCCCGGUGCGUACUCUUUGGAUAUACCUAGACACAACUACACAAACCAAGACUCAUGCAAUUAAUAAACCAAAGCAUAUGCAUUGAGCAACCCGUCACGAUUUUUAGAGCCUCAAUGGGUGGACUUAUUUAUUUAUUUGAACACAUAAAUAUUGGUACAAGAGGGCACCAAAUAUAUAUGCACCACACUUGUGUGUGGGCUGUGGUACUGCCCAGGUGCCCAGACCGAAGCAGGUGGUUUUCUUAGGGGGCCACACCCGGAGCCUUCGAUCUGAAGGUCUGAUCUACAAAUCAGUGGAGUAUCGUGAGGAGAUGCAUUCCCAUGGUAGCCGAUGACCAACGAUUGGAUCAUACGCCAUUUGUUCCCUCAGGAUACUGGAGCCCAUGUGCACCAUUGGUUUGGAAUCCGGUUAAAGCGCCGGACAUUCGCUUUUCGUCCUCUCAUUUUCGUAAACAACACCCCCGCCACGAGAAGGCAGUGAGUAGGACUUCCCUGACAGAGUCUAUAUACGCGUGGCCAUGUGAGAGCAUUUCGAGAGAGAGCGGACUCUCCCCACUCUCGGCCAUACCAGGGCAUUUGGGGGCAAUGGGUGGACUCCGAGUGAUUCAAGUUCAGCAUAGGAGUGAUGGAUUAUUCCUAUCUCCAUCAACCGCCCAAAUUAACUAGUAAGGUUGCCCUUACUUCCCAGCAUUGUCACGUCGAGGCUCUGAGUCAGAUUUUGCUGUCAUUAUUAUCUGGUAUUGUUUUUAGUGCUGAUUUCCUUAAAACUAAUUAUAAUCUAAUCGGUAAUUCAUUGUUAUGUUGAUUUUACUUGCACAUUUUGUAUAAAAGAAUAAUUCUUUCCCUACAUACACAUUAGUUAUAAAUUAGGAACUAUGGAGUUGAUAGUUUAGUGAUUAGAUCACUCAGCCUUUAGUCAUUGGGUCUCAAGUUUGAAUUCUUCUCUUAUCACUUACGUUAGGAUAAUACCCGGGUAAAUAGUGUUAGUGCUCAUACAGAUAGUAUCUUAAAGUCAAGUGAACGAAUCUGUACAUGAUUACUGAUUAAUAUCCAUAAGCAAAUUGGUUGUUAAACACUCGUGGUGAGCACUGAGUUCUAAAUUAUGUUAUUACUUUAUCUGCUUCGACUCUAGAAACAAUGGUAUUGUAUUUGAUUACUCUUCACACUAAAAUAAUGUGACUAAAACCCAAGUAUAUAAGUCGGUACCUAAUUGAGUUAUAUUCUCGUUGAUUACGGUGAUCAUAUACUAAUGUUUCUGUUCAAUUACUUAUGCUUUUUGUGCCUAUCAAUCAUCACAUACAUAUCCCAAUAUUCCAUUAAUGAGAACAUCUUAGUUUUUGUGUUUUUCUACAUUAAAAGACCUUUGCAUUAAAAUCUUUUGUAAACUGCACAUAAUCUGAAACAUGUUUAUAUGAUGAAUCUGUGUAUUUUUUAUACGUGCUGUGUGUGUUGCCUUAUGUACAAUCACCAUCUGAGUGAACUACGUGUAGUGUUUAUAUCAAUAAAUUUGAACUCCUAAUUUCAAUUCAACUUCAACAAUAAUCGCAGACAGACUAACCCAAUAAGAACAAUGAGCAUUAUAUAAUCCAAAUAAUGAAGCUCACAAUGGUCCAAUGAAAUAUAAUUUAAUGUUGCACGAAUUACUAGUAGUCAGAAUGAGUAUUGUUUACAGAAUUAAUAUAAUAAAAUAGUCAGAGACAGAUAAACAGUUACGUGUGUGUAAAAUGUACGUAGAGUGAAUCUCAAAAUUAGUUAUGUGAAUCAAUUCAGUGUAAGCAAUGGAAUUAGGAUGGCUCACUGAGCCGUCAUAUGAUUCCCUAACAAGCACAGAUUUGUAUAGCCUUGUAAAUUCUUCACAAUCGUGUAUGGUAUUUUGAUCGAUGAAGUUGUUUUUGUUCUGCUAGUGUUGAUCUAAAUACAUUAUGGUUCAAGGUCGGUCAAAUAUAUUUUACCUCAUCUCAAAAUUCUUGGUCAAAAACGUAUAUCUAGGAUAUUAAUUGAUUAACUAUAAUGAUCCGGACUACAUGAUUUAGGUCAGUGUGAUGAUCUUUUUCAGCAUUGCCCAAAAUCUGUUAGAAUAGCUCAGUUGUAUGCAUUUGUUAUUGCCUCUUAGUUUCUGGGUUGCAAUGUUAUUUCAUACUUCUUACUCUACAAAUUAAGUCCUUCUUUUAAAAUCAUAUUGUCUGCGUUUAAUAUCUUAUUUUUAUAGACACUACUAUCAUUUCAUCCUCUUUCCAUAUUCAUCUUAUUUAUUCUAUCUCACUAUAUGCACUUGGAUCAGUGCAUGUUUAUGCCAGCUUCCAACGUUGUUUUUAACUUACUGACUGAUUCGUUGGCUUGAUGUCGUGUCUUUUUCUGGCUAUAAGGUCUAUUCGAGUAGGUCUGUUUGAAACUUGUUUUAAAGAUUAGUAUCAAGCCAAUGUAGUUCUAAUGAGACUAAUUCUCAAAGGCAAUUCCAGUUCACUCACAUACUUAUUCGUUGGAUCAAUGAAUUCAGCGAACUGAAUGGAGCCCUGUUAUUAAUGUUCUAUGAUAAUUGUUCUCUUUUCUAAAAUGAAUUACUGCGCUCACUUCUGUCCUUUAUGUUAAACUGUUAUUUAUUGGUUGGUUUUGCUUUUCUGUCCAGUUUAAUUGUAUUGCCAUUUACCUAAACAAAACCGUCGUAGAAGCCGAUACGUAUUUGCAUCGGUCCAACUUGCCAUACCACGUCGACACAAUGGACUGUAUACCAAAAUAGCAGUAGUGGUGGUAUCGGUGAUAACAAUAAAGAACGAUUAGGUUUCACGAAAAAAGUGAACUAAAAUGAGUCAUAUUUCUUGUAUUUCUGUCGUUAACCCAUAUCUCGCUUAAUUUCUUCACAUUUGGAAUCAUUGGUAAAAGUUGAAGCUGACAAAAUUGUUAUCCUUGACCUCACAAAGUUACUCUUUGAACUACACUUUGAAAUGUUUGAAUGUCAUGCAACAGACUUCACUCCUCCAGUCUCUAGACUUACAUUCACAAAUAACUGCUGUAUCUCUGAAAUCACACACUACUGGUCAGAUCUAUCCAGUGCGGAGAACUACCAGCUAAGAUUGAGUGUGAAUAUAUAGAAGCUCAGCAUUUUGUUGAUGAUCAUCUACUGAGUGACUAAUCAUCAAGUUGUGAUGUUUAGAAAAUAAAUUCUUGAGCUUAUUGUUUCCCUUAUUAUGACUUCAUUCAUACAUAAGUUUUGGUGAUGUCGACUGACACAUGAAUAAGUAGAUAAUAAGACAUUGAGACAGUUACACUCAUUUGAAAUAAAAUCGUUUACACAUAUGUCGCCUACAUGGUGUAUCUGUCUCUCUCGGUCAUUAUGAAUACCAAAAGCAUAUCGUUUUGAUUCACCCAUAUACUUCAAUCAUUUGAGAUGUGUUUAAUCCGUUAGUUUUCUCUAUUUACUAAGUUUUCUCAGUUUUUGCAACUUGAUGUUUUUAUGGUGAUUAUGUAUUCUGUAAAACAAGAUUAUUUUUUUCUGUAGAAUAUAAUAAGCUUAUCGUUUACUGAAGAAAAUGAAGGAUUAUUUUCAGUAGUAGUAACUGUGCUAAUAUAUAUACAGGACAGCAUACUUAUUUUACUCUGCAUAUAUACCCACGCAGUCAUUUGUGUUUACAGUGUUUGUAUGCUCAAUGACCCGUUAAUACAAUUCAAUACUGUCCUAAUUAUAUAUAUAUUUCAACGAAGUAUUAAGUAUGUUGUCUGUUAUGUUUGGCUCGUUCGGAUACAACUGUAAAUAACUGACCUUUAAUAAAAAAAUCUUCGUUAAUUAAUAGGUCAAACAAAUUUUAAUAUUUCAGUAUUGUUAUGUAUAUAUACAUUAUUUAAUUAUGUGGAAAACCGUAAAUAGUUAAUGGGUUGUUUAUUAUUUGAAUAUAAUUAGUAAUAACAAGAAAUCAUUGACUAACGUUUGUAUUUGAGAAGUUCAAUAUACUGUCUAUCAACUAGCUUUUUGUACCAAGGUAGACGAAGUAGUGGAGUCUUUGCACUUGCGACUCAGUGAUAUUGGGAAGAUGAAGAGGAUUAGUUUUAGUGUGGUGAUGUAGCGUUCGCCUAGUUGAAGAAUUUAUUUCUCUAAGCUCUCAUUAUCGUUCUGGAUAGAACACAAAAUCAAGAUCAAAAUUUUUAAAUGUAUUAUUCAAAUGACUAAAUCUCACACAUGAAACAUCAUCUUAUAUUAUUAAGUGUAAACGUCUUGUCUAUUUUCAACUCAUUGUUGAUUUAAAACCCUACCUGUAAGUUGUCUCAGUUUAUCACUAGUGAUCAACACUUUCUUAUAUUCUACUUAAGUAAAUGAGUGCUUUCUUAAACAUACACUCGAUAAAUUGUAUUCGGCCCUAACCUGGGCAAGGUCUCUCAGUCAUCAUUUCUCUUCAUUCGUUAAUAUAUAUAUAUACAAUUCGGGAAAUUACAUACAGACUUUUCCCCAUUUCAGUCACGUUUUAAUACAAACUUUUAUAAUAGACACUGUGUAACUAGCAUCGAACUUAAAAUCCUUUCAUAAUUUUAACCACUAUUUUCUCAUAAAAGGUAAUUGUAAAUCCUGUCAAUGAAGAAGCAGAUUUCAUUUAUUCAAGCUGUAAAUUUAUGCUGUAUGUAUAUGAUAAACCAUGGUAAUGAUGCCAAACGUUAUGUUCGUCCGAUAUGCUUAAGUUACAUACUAUGUAAAUCAUUAUCUAUGUGUCACCAGGUUUUUCGAAGAAGAAAAAACGAUUGGAAUAGGUUGUAUAUAUCGCACAUUAAGUAGUAAGUAAUUCAACUUACGUAAUAAGCAAACAUUUUUAUUUCUUACAUUUACUUUCUAAAUAGAGUGGAAUUAAGUUUAUUAUAAUGAAAAAUGGGGUCAAUCUAUGACAUACUCAAUAAAAUUAUUUUGAUUAGAAAAAUUAUUCACUAAUCGUCAAACAUUAUUGUUAUAACGUAAAAAUGCUGCGAAUUUGAGGUUAGCGAAUUAUCGAUCGAUUCAAAGAUGCGUAAGACACGUAAGAACGGCCUAGAGUCCUGAUUGGUCCACCUCCCUGUCUAGCCCAGCCAGUUGAGUCCAGAACGCAAGUCUCAGCCCCAGCUAUACGAAUCAUUAUGUUUCAGACAUACUCUGUUUAUAUACCAAUCAAGCAGACCACAUCGUACCAUAAAAUAGAAAACAACAUUUGUACAAUAUUUGACAAGUGAAAUAAAUAUUGACCAAUAGGAAAUGUCCAUUUAAAGUCCAAGGUCACCGUUAGACUUAACAGGAUAAUUAUUGGGAUAUUUUUCUGAAUAUCCCAACAAUUAUUAUCACCAUUCUCUCUGCUGACUGUUAUUUGAUUGUUCAGUUAGAUAUGUGCAUAUCUGUACAUCUCUCGUUUCUUCAUGUAUAUAUUAUUUAUUAAAACAUCUAGACUAUUCUAUUGUGUAAUGUAUGUAUUCAUGAUUGACUUAUAAUAACUGUAAAGUGGCUAUCUGUAUUUUAUCAUUUCUUACAUGAAAUCAAUUAAAUUAUAACAGUUAAAUAUUAUUUCAAUAGUAAGUAGACAUUUUUCAAAGUCAGCCUCUGUACUUUCCUUUAUUUCUGUUUGUGAACUAUUGUUCAAGGGAAAUUUACCAUUAAAAAAUCGAUCUCUAUAAUCGGUUGUAAGUUAUAGUUGUUCCAUUUCAAUCUAAUUCUCAGGAUUCUUGGGACCGAAGCAUCAAUCAUUCAUGGACAAUAUGCGGCCUGAUAAUGAAUGUUUAUCUUUUCAAAUUGCUGCGCCUCACUAUAAAAAAAAGUAAAGAACUUAAUGGGUAAUGGAUAGAGGGAAAUAAUAGAAAUAAUCUCUAUCACAGUAGGAAGUUAGUUAGAGAAAAAUAAAUGUCAUUUAUAAGCAACCUAGAACCUGACGUAUAAAUUCAUCUGUUUUAUUUGCUACACUAUAUCAACACACUCAGAUGAUAUUGUCACUAUAAAUCCUUAAGUAGCAGGACUAAUAACAACGGUGGUAAUAGAAAACAUUGGGUAUAGGCAAUAUAAUUUGAGAAGGAAAAAUAAAUCAUCACGAUUAAAAGUAUAAUUAUUUUAAGAAAAAAAGUGAAUAUAUAUGUUAUUUUAUGUAAUUCUAAACCAUAUAACCCGAUGGCCCCAACAGUAAUCAGGGGGACUCUAAUGAAAGUAGCCUACACCUACCUAAAGGACCCUGCCCAAGAGGUAAUUAACAGAGUUAAUACAACAAAUUUUGAUUAAACACGUGAUUAAUUAAUGAGGGAUACAAUACAAAUAAGAAAAUUUAAUUUUAUGACAUAUAUAUACUUCUUUAGUAUCGUAUGCUAUGAAAUCAUUAAAUAUUUCAUUAGCAAUAUCGAUAAAUUCCUAACUUCUUUUUCAUUGUGUGAAUUAAUUCGGAUCUACGGUAUUAUUUCAUAUUUCAAUUAUUGUUAUAAAUUAGUUAUGGUCAUAGACAGAUGAUAUCUAACUGGGGGACCGAAAAAUCAUUCAAAACAAGGUAUCCAUAGAUGACUGUUUGGUUCUAGUAUGUGACUUGAGAUUAGUGAAUUAUUCGACUCUAAACUUAAAAAGACUCACCUUCAUAUAUUUAUGUCAGUUAGUUGGUUAUACUCAACGUAGAAUCUGGCACAUGUAUUCAUCAGUUCAAAUUUCGGAGUGAAGGUAGUAACGGUGUAAUAGAUAGCAGAUAGUAUUAGGCAUCGAAAAUACGAUUCAAGAAAAUGUAGAUUGGUGGAAUAAAAUAAAUUUAUUAGAAAUUUAGAAACUUAAAACCCAAAGACAGGGUGACUGCAUCUGUGCCAUUGCGAACGAUUUUGAGCCAUGUCGCCCAAAGUCUAACAUAUAAUUACGAUAACCACUUUGAUUCCAAUCAGAUGGUCUCGCUUACUCGCCUACGUGGAUCAGUCCGACUGUCGCUCUUUUCAUGGACUCAUGUCAUUAUCUUAAUUCGCCUGUCUCUACUUUUCUUCCAAUUUCUCUAUAUCUGCCAUCAUCGUGGGUCUACAUAGUCAGUGGAUGGGCAUAUGUAAUACAUAUCCUAACCAUCUCAGUCAAUAAAGAUUCAUUAUUUCAGCAUUACGCAUCCAUUCUCUAACUUAAAUUGUUGUGGUGCACACGGUUAUAGCGUUUUAUACUACGAAAAAACAGAGUUGGUCAAUGUUCUCCGUAUUAAAUACAUUAUCAUGAUAUUUUCAAGGAACUAAUAAUUUAUUUGCAACCAUAACUGUUAUUGUUAUUUUUUGGCUUCAUGUGACUUAGAGCGAACCUAUGGAACAAAGGAAUUCAUAUUAUUCUAUGCUGUAAAUUGUUGUUCUAGCUCAUACAUUUAGAUAUUUAUUGUUAGUAUAUAUGUAUAUAGUAUGCUUACUUGUAUAUUUCUUAAACAUGACCUCAAUAGUAAAUAACCGUUUCUGUCAUUUAUAUUAAUGGAUGGAUUAGUUUAGUUCAAUAUGAAAAAAAGUUUGAUAUUUAAUUAACCUAUGACGAAAUGUAGUAAAGAGUGGUUUCUGUAUAAGAAGAACGCCGUUUGUUUUUGUUAUUUGCUUGUAUAAUAACGGUGUUAUGUAAUUGAUGUAACAUCGCUCCCUGAUUUAACGCUUCAUCAUUAAGUUUACACAAACUUGGUUAUGUGUAGUGAAUUUUCUUUAAAAUAAUUUAUUUGCUAUUAUUAAUUAAUUGCUAUAGUUAAAUGUUGUUAUUUAUUCAGUACGGUACGUAUAACUGUACCUAUGUGUGUAUGUAUAUACAAUCAUUCAUGUUCGCUUCAUCACAUUCUCUUUCCUGCUCAUCAAAUCGUCUUUUUGGUUUUCUCAAAAAUCUAAAAAUGUAACUGAUUAUAGCUGUGGUUAUUUUCCGGAUGAAUUCAUGGUCUUUAAAAUCUACUUGAAAUGUUUGCUUACGGAACCAUCUGUUAGUAUAUAUAUAUUUAUAACAUAUCUUUUGUUUUUCUUGUACUUGAUUUUAAGUUCUUUUUAUCCUUUACCCACUUAUAAUGUUAUUGCGUCCAUUUAUUACAGUUAAACUUUUCAAAAUAGACUCCACAUGCAUCGAGAUCUUGUGUUUAUGAAAUCGAUAAUUAAACUGUUACUUAAUCCAUAAAUGUUCGGUUCUUGUUUGUUUACCUGUGUCCGAGGAAAAAGAUCCCACAUCAUAUAUUAUCUUAGUCAUACAUUUUUACUAUACAUCUUUGUAAUAAUUACGUUUGAUGAUAAGUUUCUUCAUCGACAAUUAUCAGCUAAAGAAUUGUUAAGAAUGAGAGUCCCUUGGUUAGUUGUUUCACUUUAGCAAUGUUCAGUGACAGGCUAAAUAUAAAAAGGAUACAGGUUGUUCAGUCUCUCUACAUUCACAAUUCAUUAAGACAGUUUAUUCUGAAUUGGACGUUCCUUAUCUUCCAAUUUUUUUCUAGUGCCGUCAAUCUCUCUUGCAACAAGUUAGUUCCAGAGUUCAUGGUUUUCUACCAGAAUUUCUUAAAUCCUAUCACAAAGAUAAACACUAAUGAGUGGACGUUUUGUUUGGUUGUAACCUGCCCCUUACUCUAGUGGGUUCUGAUAACGAAGGGUUUGGUCUCGUAUGUAGUCAUAGAUGCUCACUUGUACAAAUUCUAAAACCCCGAUCAAAAAGGUCAAGUACUUCUUAGCUAUCAGUGGUUUUGAUAGUUGAUAGUAUCCUAUAAAGAAAAGUCCUCUUUAAAUUUAACUAAUCUUAAAAUAAUACCUUUAUCGAACCUGUGAUUUUCCUGGUAUCUUCCGGGUUAUCAAAUAAAAUAUCACUUUGUUGCACUAUAAUGAUUGUGCUCUUCAUAACUGUUUAGUUUUUUAGUCUAUAUACAUGUAAAAAAUCAGAGGUGCACUGAUCUCUGAUGUAUAGUUUGUGCGUGUAUAUGAUGUCACCGGACCGUACUCUACGUCUAGGUUAAUUGUUACACUUAUUAUCAUCGACUAUACUUGCUGAUUUGUCAGAAGAAAUGCUUUACAUUUCGGUAGAUCUGUGGAUGAUCACUUUGUAUUUUCCUAGAGUGGCGUUUAUUUAAGUACUGCGUUUUCUUUUUUCUGCAUUCAUCUUGAACUCAGUUAUACGCAUGGUAAUGACCUUUAUGAACAGAUCAGUGAGUCGAUUCACAACAGGUCGUAAUUUUACUGUACAUAAUUUAAGGUUCAUUAAUCAAUCUUAUCCCUUUGAAAAUAUUCUCUAGUUGUUGCUAAACACUUGUCUUAUCUUCGUUUUUAUUGUUCAAAACAUUUCUUUAAGUCCUUAGAUGUUAGGCUCUUCAGCUACUUUAUGAUUUCACAUUUAUCUAAUUUCGUGUUCAAAGAUAGUUUUCUUGGGUUCAGUUUACUUAGACUGAGAUUAGGCAAUUGAAUGGCACAACAGAUCAUCCAUGUUCUAUGUUUCCAUUAACACAAGAGGUUGACGCUUUCUCUGUUAUUCAUGGUCACUGCGGUCUUCACGAUUCUUGCUGAAACAGCCGGUACACUUGAAGAACGCUAGUUUUCUCUAAAAUGUUACUUUUAUAAACAGCUUUUAAAAUUCCUUAAGGUUUCCAUUUUCUUCCCGGGUUUCUCCAAAAAUUAAGUAGCUUAGUCCACGUAUCUAUUAAAUAGGUCAUGUACUUAUAUACUUAGCUCCACUUUUUACCGACGAAGUAAACCUUAAGUGGUUUCUAAUAGUAUUUGUUUGUUACGUAACAUACAAGAUUAUUUCAUUGUAGUUGAAUAUAAAUUGCUGUUACCGAUAUUCUAGUGACCUGUUGUCGUAAACUGCUGACAGUCAGAUAUUUUUACUUGCUACUUAAUUCUUUCUUCCUAAAAUAGAUAAUGUUUCGUUUGUAUUCUCGAGUUAUGUAUAGUGUAGAAUAUUAUAUAGUGCCAAUAUGUGUUAGCAUAAAAUCAGGAUUGUAAAUGUAAAAUCGGAUUUAACUGUGUCACCAAGUAUUGUCACGAAAAUAAUUUGACUCUGUUUUUGAGCCAUGAGAGUGAAAUCUACCUAGGCUACCGAGAUGGAGUUAGCAAAAAUCAGUGACUGGAGAGAUUUGGCGAUAUUAUUGACUGACAGUUAUCUUUCAAUUCCACUUUGCGGUUGUGUCAGUAUAUUUGUUUUUAAUUAUGUGUUGUGAUAUUGUUCCUUUGGAUUUGUCACUGUUCUAAGUUUAUAGAUAUUGAAACUUAAUCUUCUUAUUGAUCAAGUGUCAGUUGUACUUCUAACAAGCAAAUUAUUUAUGGAGUUCGAUAGUAUUUUUAAGUUACGUUACAGAGGUUUCGCACGCUGCUCGUAUAUUCCAUUUUAUAUAUAUUUGGAAAAUUAUGUAUACACUCAAUUUUCAUUGGUACAGUUAACAAACUGAUCACUUGUAUGGGUUCAAGGAGAUUAAGUACUUUAGAAGCUGUUAAAAAAUUUAUUUUGUUGAAAGAAAUAGUUGAUUAUCAAGCCUCAUAUAAAUAUGAAGAUUACGGUUGUGGACAACUGUCAAAGACGCUCGAUUUGAUAAAAUCCCUUCAGUAAAUGUGGACAAUAUUCCAAAUCUAUCAGCUUGCAAAAAUUAAAUCCUAAUUAUAACAAAGAAUGUCACAUUAUUUACCAAGUGCAUAGUUCGUGUAUACUUAUCGUCUGACGAUUAGAAACACUGCCCACUCGCUCACACGGAAUCAAGAUGGAGUUCUAAUUUGCUACUCAGAUCUUAGAUCCAAUAAUUAAACAUUAAAUUGUUAAUCUUUACAAUAGGCAAAUAAAUAGAAACUAAGUAUUAUUAUUGUUGUUUUCGUUUUUUUGACACAUCAUUAAUAGUUUUUUGUUGAAUCAUACAUUGUUCAUUUUAAUGAACUUAUAAUUAUUGUUUUGUCUUUUCAUCUGUUUUCCCCGUCCAAUUCUACCUACACAACUCAUCCAACAUCUGUAUGCAUAUGUUUAUAUCUCUUUCUAUCCUUCUAUCAAUAUACAUUUCUCUUGAUAAUGUUACAUCGUGUAAUUACGAUUUGCUUGUUGCAUGCUCUUUCAUUACCUAUCUAUUUAAUAUACAUGUGUAUAUGUGUGCCUUGAUACCUCAAUAUCAAUGUUUAUGACUAAUCACCCGGUUAUGUUGUUGGUUAUAUAUAUUUCCCCUAUCUACUUUUUGAUGUGUUUUAUUUUGGUCAAUUCUUUUGUUCUUCUUCUUAUUACUAUUAACAUGUGUUGUACUACUACUAACAUUGCUCAUUCACCGACUCUUGUGUGUAUAUUCUGUAUUUCCAUCAAAUCUGUUUUCUGGCGAAAAAAUAUGACAAUUCUUUGAUGAAUAAAGGUCCAACCACUCAAUGGUAGUCACCAACAAGAACAAUACGAGGAAGUACUACGAAUUACUCAGUGUUGAAUGUUCAUUGAUCGUUGACACUCUUCCUCUUCUUCCUCCAUCCAUCAUCUCUUUACUUACACUUUGUUUUUGUUAUUUUUCUCCCUACCUAAUUUGUCUCGUAUUAUUUUGUCACUUUUGUUUCUCCUUUCUUAAUUGUUGGCCUUUGUGUGUUCACUUUCAACCUUAGGUUUCUUCUCUAAACAACACAUUAGCAAAACUGUAGUGUUACUACUUAUUUAUUGAUUUAUCUAUAUAUAGUAGUAACCCUUUCAAGAUGCAAUUUAAUACUGUAGUUGUUCAAGACAAUUUCAAUGUUUGUGUGACAUUAGUAUUUUCUUCUUUUACACGAUAAACUCAGUCUAAUAUAAAAUAUAAAAGUGUGCAAAGUAUUAGGAUAAUUUACUUCGUUUAUUAUAUUUGUAUAUAAAAUUGUAGUUUACUUGGACGUUACAAUACUUUAAGCACAGGACAGUGCAUUAUAUUACAUCACAUUGUAAAUGUGAAUUUUUGUAUUCACUAAAAGUAGUACAUUUUGUUAUUGUAAAAUAUUAAAGUUAACUCAGGUAAUAAAACAUUGUUCAGCACAUCGUAUUUAUAUAACAUUAGUAUAUAAAUGGACGAGUGUUGUACUUUUGGCCUACAUGAAGUCUCCAUUUGUUUCUGCGUCAUCUUUUUCUAUUUGUACAAGUUGGACAUAAAAUACCUGUAAUCAUGCUACCAUGUUCUUUUUUGUGGACAAUGAGAUUUUCCUCUCAUUUUUGUAUUCAUUAUUUUUCCUUUUCUUGUUCUUCACAUUCUGUCAAUCUUUUCAGUUUCAUUUAUAAUGUUAAUACAAGAUGUGUUUUCGGAAAGAAUUACUCACUCUCUCAAUAAUGUAUUCCCCCCUCUGCUGUUGUAUUUUUCUGGAUACAUAGAUAUGCAUUGUGAUAACGUUUUUAGUUGGUUUAUUUUGGGCGAGGGUAGUUCACAAUAUCUAAUGUAUGAUUAUCCAGUUUUGUUUAGUUGAAAUUUGGUAGGUGGAUGAUGAAAAAAGUUGCAUGUUUUUUUCUUGGUUAACUAAUUGUUUGUUAUUGUUGUUAGUAUUGUCAUUUGCUUUAAUUCACUUGUUUGCUUAUUUGUACACAUUUUGUUUCAGACAAUUAUAAUUUUUUUACAUAGUUUUUUGCAUGUUCCUUUGUUUUGUUUAGUUCAUUAACUUUAGUUCCCUACAAUAUUUGAUGUAGUAAUGACAAUGAACAAGAUUAACAUACACACACAAAUAUUACUAGUUGUGAUUGUAGAAAUUUAACAAUGCUUGUAAAUCUGUGUUGUCAUGUAGACUUAUUAAUUCAUCUUCCUCCAAUACACUUUGAUUGUUGUUCAUUUAUAGAGAUGACGCGUAUUUUCGUGCUGUUCCACCUUCACUGCAUUUGUUUGAAACGUGUGUUACUUGAAAAUGAUUCCAGUUCAUUAGUUAGGUGUUUAGGGGUUUUAUUGUUUAACUGUCAAUGAUAAACAUCCUUUCUAUAAUUAAGUCUGAUUUGAUAAUUCUGAGUUUAAAAUUCAGUAUUGUUUUAAUUUUAUGGAAGAAUAUUUUAUCAUCAGUCUGUAUGAUAUUGUCAUUAUAAACUAACUGAACAUUUUGAAAGUGUUUAUUAUCUAUUAAAUUUACAUUUGUGACUACUCUUAGCACUUACAGUUCCAAUUCCUUCUAGGAUAACGGUUAAAUCAUUAUGUUUCGUAUUAUGUCACUAUGUCAAUUUUUCAUUGGAUUGUAAUUUCUCAUUAUUAUAAUUAUUAGUCUUAAUCCAACCUUGUAACCUAUUAAUUAUGACCAAGUGUUUUUCUGGCGAAAUCGAAAAGUACUUGUUAUCUUAUUUCGACUCAGCCUUGACAAAAAUGACUUCGUAUCCCCGAUUUACUCUAAUGUACAUCUUCAGUCAGGAAAUUUGUGACUGAAGUGACAUUGGCUCUAAAAUCAUUGUACCUUUCUUGAUGAAUCGUGUGUAGCAAUGAAAAAUAGUCUCUUAAUUUGGUUAUUCUGUAAAAUUUACUGUAAAAAUGUUCUGGUUAGCGUUUUUUUAGUGAGUUAGUUUGUUACGAGAUAGGGUCGCUAACCUCAUGUCCAAUCCUCCUCCUUUAUCCGGGCUUGGGACCGACAGCAGCCCCAGAGGGGCUCUAGGCGGAGUUACUGAAAAAAUUAAUAUAUACAAAUUUUCUUUUAAAGUAACGUUCAAUUUGUACAGAAAAAUCUGUAUGAAAUUAUGUAAAUGAAUUCUGAUAAUCCUAUUCUCAUCAUUAAGUGAAAAGUAAACAAAUAAUAAUGUUGAGGUUAAAACAAAUAACACAUCGAUAAUAUGAAGUGAAUAUUGUGUUAAAUUGCAAAUUAACUCUUGUCAAUUUUCAUAUAUAUAUAUAUUAUAAUAAUUAAUACGAUAUAAAGUCCUUGGUAUUUAUGUUAAGUAGCUAGAUACAAAUGACAUGAACCCUGUAUAACCUAUGUUUCAUGCUACUUUUUUCCUGUCACUAAGGCGUACCUGCAAUCUUUGGGGAUAUUAAUAGUUUUUUCAUUUCACCGACAUCUAUCUUUUCUUAUUGACUGUCUUCUACUAUCAACUAAUGUCAGUUAUUAUAAAUGUAUAUAUGACAAACGAAUCCAGUUUAGUGUUUUCACGACAUUAAGGUGCUACGAAUUUAAUCCGCAUACAAUUGAUUAGUUUAAAUCACUGCAGAUACAUAAUCAAUUAAGUUUGGAAUUUUCAAUCCUAGUAUACCUUUUUAUAUACAUUGAUCGCAAAGGCUACUCCCUUUAUUUAAUAACUAACCAAUCGGUCCCAGGUACAAACACUGUUUAAUUUGCUUCAUAUUAGAUAACUGGUUAUAAUUAUUAGUAGUCAUAUACUUUCAAAUUUAUUUCUCAGAGCUCAAGUCAAGUUGAUAAGUUAGUGUUUUAUCGAACUAUUGAAUUAUUUCAUUGCUUUGUAUUAGUUUAAUUUUAGUGAUAUCUUUCUUCAAAUUAUAACUUUUAUUAAAAAGAAAAACAUGAGUUCAUUUAUGCCACUGUUAUUAAUCAAUACAACUGUAAACACAGUAGACUAUGACCCAAAUUGUUCAUAUUUUAUUGAUUUAUAAAUCCCAAUAUGUUUUAUUGUUAUACAAAAUUCUGAGUACAUUUAAGAAGGUUGAAAUUUCUCAUCCUAUUUAUUCUGGUUUGAUCAGUCGAAGUACAAGUAAUUAAUAUAUUAUCCUUUUUAUAAAAUGUUUAAUUCACUACCACUUUAUAUUUUGUAUUGGUAAGUUAAUAAGUUUUAAGGUAGACGAAGGUUCUCCCCUUGAAUUGUUCAUAUUGUGAAAUUUUAUUGAAUUUAUAUUGUACGGUUGUCAAAAAAUCAUUAAUGAAACUUGUAUUAUGUGAUUAUUUACAUAAUUUUUAAUCUUUUGUUCAACCUUAAAUAAAACAAUUAUUUAGUCAAUGUUAAAAUAUUACAUAUAGUUCUUUUGAAGACGAAUAUUCUUCCUUUUAGCAAAUACAUUGUCUUUUACCAAAAUAUUUGUUUCACCUGCUCAAAUGUUUGGGUUACCUUUUUUCCAACUGUAUAAUCAUUUCACUACGCCUUCACAUUUGAAAUUCGUUUAAACCGAAUAACCAUGAAUUUUUACUGUGUGUACUCACUUAGUAAUAGGAAAUACAUACAACUUGUCACACAUAAAAUCUCAAAUCACUUGUUGACAUAUUCUUCUCGUUUUCUGCUCUUUGAAAAAAAACGAAACUAUGGACAAAUAUACCAGAAUUUAAGCAUUCAAUACCUGAUGGAUGAAAAAGAAUAGCAUUUGAACCGAUUAUAGACUGUCUUCAUCAUUGAAGCUGAAUUGAUAAUACUGACUGUUGAAAAAAUGUUUAUGGAGUAUAAUUAUUUGUAUCAUUCAAAUUCAAAUUCACCUUGGCGAAAACUUUAUUACAAUAUUGCACGACAUGCUGAGAAUUACUGACUGUAACAAAACUUAUAGUAAUGCAUAAAAUUAUUAUUAUUAUGACUGCGGUAAUAAAUGCACGACCUGUAUAAUUCAUUGACCAUUAUAAUUUUUCCGUUUAUUAUCAGGGCGGUUAGAAAUUGAUUGUUGAAUACUCUCUCUCUCUCUCUAAUAAAGGUCACCUAAAGCUAUUGAUUCUCCAAACUUUGAACAAGCUGUUGCUGGUUAUCUUUUUUUCGCUUUUAUUCAUUUCACUAUUUUUGUUUUGAAUGUCAAGUCCUGAACUGUUUCACUUUCCUAACGAUAUUCCACAUUGGUACAAUCGACCUAUACUGAUAAAAAUAUAUGUAUAUGUAUGCAUUAUUAUUAUUAUUAUUAUUAUUAUUAUUAUUAUUAUUAUUAUUAUUAUUGCAUCCAGUGAAUAUAAUCAUCAUUAUUAGGUGAUUUCUAAUAUUCAAUUAUUGAGUCGUUUAGAGUAUUAUUCACAAGCUGUGAAAAAUCGUAGACCACGAUAGUCAUUUCAUCAUUAGAUAAUAUUAUAUCUACUUUGAGAUUUUAUGUGCGUGUUUUGUUAAAUAAUAAUCUGUUGCUUAGUUUUUAAUGAUGCGAAACAUUAUCUUACAACUGUCAUACCAAUCAAAUAACCGGUUUUCUUGGAAUAUAUUUAACUAUCUUAUAUUCUUGAUUUUAAUGAAAUACUUUAAAUAUUUUGCGUUUAGUGAGACAACGUAUUACACUGAGAUGCUUCCAUUUUUGAAAAUUUAUUUUUGUACAUUUCAUUAUUCUAAACUUGGAUAGUUGCCUCUGUUUCUUCUUCUAUGACACUUAGUUCCUUACAGUAUUUUCCCAAAUCUGUUUGUUCUAUCAUCUUGUUUGGAUUUUAAUUUUUCCUUCUAUCUCUUCAACUGUUAGAAAAAUUUUAAAAACGUGACAUCCAAUAUUUUUACUAAGUGAAUUAUCAAUACAAAUAACUCACUCCCACAAGAGUUCACUUGUGAUGUGAUACAUAUACAUCAGUGGUAACGUUUUGUUAUAUGAAGCUGGGUGACGAGGGUUCAAAUCGCUCAAGGAGCGUUAUUACCUUCAAGAUUUCAAGUUUGCCUUGCUGACGAAUGUCAUCUAGCACAAAGCUUGACCUACAGCCUCGUGUCUUCUAUCUCUAACCAACUAACAUAGCUUCCUGACUGAAUAAUAUUUGAUAAAGAUUUAAAUCGUUUACAGUGAUAUUAUUGUUUUCCUAUGGGAAUAAUAGUAUUGCUUGCAUACACACGCAUAAGUAACUUUUAAUAUUCAUCCCAUGGAUAAUAUACAUCUUAUUACGUUGUGUAACAUUAAUUAGUGGACCUAAAUGCGAUUUACAAAUAGAUUUCCUAUUUUCUUCAUUGUUUUCUUAACAUAAUGUUUAGAUUGCAGUCGGUCAGUCAGCUACAACGUAGGACCAGGCACAUAUGUGCAUCAGUCGAAGUUGCCAUACCUCAUUAGCACAACACGAUGAACACUAAAUUCAUAGAAGCAGUUACUUUAAUGGUAGUAAUAUAUAAAAGAAAGAUUUCAUAUGAGGAUAUGAUACAGGGAAAAAGAAUUAGUUCGUAGAAAAAAGGUACAAAGUAAUUUUAACCUUGCAGUUUAAGGGAAGACAAAGAGUGUAUACACCGACGCCAUUGUGAUCGAUUCUGAGCCAUGUCACCAAGAGUCUCCAACCAUUGGUUACGAUAGUCAUGCGGACCCCAAUCAACUAGUCUGCAUCUCCCAACAUGGCUCAGACUAGAAGUUAGUGACUUCAGGCACUGAUGCCACGUUUUGGUUUGGCCGCCCCUAACUUUCUUCCAACCAUCCCCUACACCGGUUAGCAUUGCACGUCGUGGUAAUCGGUGUUUGGGCAUACGUAAUACGUGGCCCAACCGUCUCAGUCGAUGAGUUACCAUCAUUCCCUAAUACUCUGCGUCUAACCUCACCAAUACUUACCCGUUGAUCCCAGCAGAUGCGAUCAAUAUUUCUAAGACAUCCAUGGUCAAAUACUAGUAGCUUACGAAUAUCUUCUACUCUUAAUGGCCACGCUUUAUAGCUGUAAAGCAGAAUAGAACGAAGUGCUGCUCAGUGUAAUCGUACCUUAAUUGAUAGAUAGUGACGUAAGUUGGCAAAAGCCAAACGAGCUUUUCGAAUCGGUGCUGAGCUUUCGUCAGACACCAACCCAUUAGGGCUGAUCAGACUUCCAAGAUGAGUGAAAUUGUCAACGCGUUCGACUACUUCACUCCCUAUCUUUAGUUCAGGUGUUGACGCAGACCAGUCCUGAAGCAACAACUUGCAUUUCGAGGGAGAGAAGCGCAUUCCAAACAUUCUGGCAUUGUUGCUUAGUGCUACCAAAAGACUGCAUGUUAUCAGCGUCUUCACCAAACAGAACUAUAUCAUCUGCGUAUUCUAAGUCGAUAAGUAAACCUCCUGGAAGGAGAUCAAUACCCGAGAAUUCAGUAGACAAGAAUGUUAUUUCCAUCAAUAAGUCUAUGAUGAAGUUAAACAAAAAUGGAGAAAGUGGACAGCCUUGACGGACACCACUUGAGGUUGCAAAAGUAGAUGACAGUUCGCCAUAAGCUCUGACUCGACUAGUAGUGUUCGAGUAGAGAGCCUUUAUAAGGUUUAUGUACUUCUGGGGUACGCCUUUCAAUGACAGACACUGCCACAGAAUCUCGCGGUCUACAGCGUCAAAUGCUGCUUCUAGAUUGCACUACCUUAUCAUGAUCAAUCAGUCUUAAUGAUUAUCAUUUACUAUAAAUGUUUGUAUCCUCUAUUUGUUUAUGUUCAAUUAAAGUCAAUAAUAUUUGUUGACGUAUAUAAACUUCACGACCGCGGCUUACUGUAGAGCUCUGUGUAUCAGCGUGAACAUCACGACUGCAUUUUAAUCGCACAUUCAAGUUGAUGACGAUAAAGUACAUCCUUGAUAUUCCACAGUUACUCACUAAUUGAGAAAUCUAACCAUGAGUUCCAAUGUUAGAAUCACCAUAGUUUCUUAUCUACUGAUGUUAAAAAUAGAAUUCGUCUACGUAAACUCGUUUAGUUUUUGAACAGUGAAAAGAUCAACACACUUCUGUCCAUAUGAAAAGAAGAUGGAGACGAUAUUAUGCAAAAAUUUUACUUUUUUUCUCCGGAAGUAUUAUAGAAUUUGUUUCAAAUAAUAAAACUGGUAACAACGCCCUAAGGAAUCAGCCGUUCGGUGGUAAAUUAACCCUGAUUUGCUAUUAGAAGCUGACAAUCCAUUUAUCUUGAAGUGACUUAAAAUGUUCCUAACACUUGUACCUUUAUCUUUGUUUAUCCAAUGGAUCAUCAACAGUAGAAAUGUUCUUGUUAGCGAUCAUAAUUCAUAGAAUCAGCGUUUAACCACUACAUUGUAAAUUCGGACAAGAAAUUACUUGUUCAUACUUUAUUCAUAGAUUCUUUCGUGUGUGUUUUUAUAAUCCUAUAUAUAUUGCAUCUUGUAUAGGAAAAAAAACAAUAAACAAUCUGACUAUCUCAAGUUUAUUCAUUAAUUAUUGACAUAAGUCGUAUGUCGUAUUUGGUGAUAUAAUUGUGAUUAAGAUUAGGAUAUGUACAAAAAAAUGCAAAUGGGUCUUCUUGAAAUUUGUAUUUCAAUUAAAACAUUCUCUGUAAGACUUUAAAAAGCAUGUUUUUUUUGCGUUCUGAUGUUGAAAGAGAUCAAUUAUAUCUUUCUGUUACGUGUGCUUUCCCUUUAGUAACGACACUGUAUUUUCUUUAUAAACUAAUAACUGAUAAGUGUUUGUAUAAAUUUCCUAGUCAUUUCGUUUAUAUUUUAUAUGGUAUGUCGUAUUAUUUCUGGUCAUGCACACACACACACACACACUUUAAGUUGUAUGGAGUUUUUCUUCCGUUCGAUGCUCUGUAUGUUUUUGACAACAGUUAAUAAAUGUUUAGUUAUUUAGUUAGUUGUCUGUCUUGCAGCUAAAUUAAUGAUUAAUUUGUCAUAAAAUCUCGUUUGUUUUCUUUCCUAUCUUUGAUUAAUUUUUCUUUGCUUAUUGACAGUUUAUUUCACUAAUAUCAUUUCAGAAACAACCAGACGGAGGAGCUUUACUUAGACAAGGUAAUGCGCUGAACAGUUCCGUAACUGGAGUUAGUGGUGUCUAUCCUACUACCACAUUAACUGGGGCUGGACUACCGAAUAACAUUUACAAAGAUGUUCCUGAUUACACUUAUGAUUUGGUUUACGCCCAAUCUCCCAAUGAAAUGUCGUCUAGCACAGUUCCAAAUGUAAAUGAAUUACAAUAUAUGGAAUUGUCUUUCGAUCAUGUUCGUCCUGGUCGCAAUGCUAGUGUGAACUCAAGGAAAGGGCGUAUUGGCACUUCACUUGGUGGUGGUAAUGGCGUUGCUUCGUCUUCAAUGACUCUAUUCGGAACUAGUACACAGCCAGCUCCACACUCACGACCAAUUGUUGCUUCUGUCCCACAAGGUCUAGAUAUUGUUGGAGAUGGGCUUGGCGAUAAUCGUUCGUCCAUUCAUCCUCGUGACGGUUAUUCCUCUGCUUUCGCUGAUCCAACGCAUAGAGAUGAAUCAUCGCACUACACUGAAAUUGUUGGUUUUAUGCAACCAAAAGCACAUGCUUCUCAGUUGGUUCUCCAACAGCAACAUGAAGCUACACAAGCGUUGUUAGCAAUGCAACAGAACAAACCACGUGUUUUCGUUUAAUUUGGAUGAUCUUUUGUUUCUUCCUCUCUUUGUCUUCUUAGUUCUCUAAUGGUUUAUUUGUCAGUGGUAUUUAUAGAGUUAUUUAUGCCGUCAGAUACUAUGUACUACAUUCCUACUUUGCUUUUAUCGGAGCUUUUGAGCGUUAUUGUGAUCAACUUAUUUUUCCAACUAUCUCAUUUCGAUCUUCGUUGCCCCUAUUCUCUUUGGAAAUAAAUUAAUAAACUAUACCAUCAUGUUUUUCGGCACAUUGAUCAACACUUCCCACUUCAUUGUUCGUACUGUUAUUAUCCUCUUUCUCUCUCGCAACUCUUCCCAAUGUAUGUCCGUUUAUGUAUGUAUGGUUAUUACCGUUUUACUCUUUCUGUCACCUCCGUCCUCUAAGUUAUAUUUACUUCGAGUUUCUUUAUUCUUUAACCGGUCAACUGUUCUCCGUUUGUUCAGUCUCUAUAUCUAUCAUCUUUGUGUAACCAAUUGUACUAGACAUAUAUAUACAAACGUAUAUGAAAUGUUUUUCGUAUCGUCAUUGUAGUCUGUACUUUAUUAUUAUUAUUAUUUCUCUUUAGUCCCUAUCCGCUACUUUUAUGAUUAUGAUUUUUUUCCAGUGCAAUUAGAUUAUUAUUAUUGCUUAUUUAUCCAUCAUAACUAUGUACAUACUACUGCUAUUAGUACCAAUAUUAUCAAUAAUAUUGGCUUUGCUAUAAUACACCUACUGACUAAUUAGUAGUAAUACACCUUGUGAUUUGGUCAAACUUUAUUAUUGUUUUGGCUAUAUACGUUUGUGUGUGAUUGUUGUUGUUUCAUUCGUUAUCUCAUCUGUUGUUGCUUACUAAUUAUCGAUUGUCUUUUAGUUAUAUAGAUAGAUAAAUAGAUAAUUUCUAUAUAUCCGUAGUGUUAUUAUUCUCUAUUUACUUUUCUCAACCUGUCUCUGUGUGUGUUUGUGUAUACUCACAUACUAUCAUAGUACUCUGAUAGAUUUUAUGAUGUCUAUUAUUGCGUAAAUUGCACACGUUCUUUUCUCUUCUAUUUCCUCGUUUUCUUCUAUUUAUGUUCUUCUGUCUCUUAUAAAUACUGAUAUUUUUUUAUUCAUCUGAACUGCAUUUUUAAAGAUUAUUCUCAAUAUCUCCUGUUUUCCAUGUUCUACCUACUCUUUCUCUCCCUCCCUCUCAACUGUCAUCAUUAUGAUACACAUCGACAAGUCAGUUUUAUAUUAUUAUUAUUAUUAUUAUUAUUAUUAUUUAGAGUUUGUUCCACCUGUUAGGAGUUUAUUGAAUUUUUUCAAUUCCGAUUCUGAUUUCAGAAAUAAAAGAUAAUCAUAAUUAUUAAUAAUAAUAUUGUUUUGAUUAAUUCGCAUUUCACGUUUUGCGUUUGUUAUUGCUUUUAUUGAUAUUUCAUCUUUGUUAUUAUUAUUAUUACUACCAAUACUGCUACUAAUAUUUGGUCGUAAUUUCUUAAAAUUUUGCAUACAACUGCCGUUCCUUUACAUACAUACAUACUAUUUCUAGUACUACUCAUACUGCUGCUAUCAGUAAUACUCUAUUUCUAAUAAACUAAUCAUAAAUAAGUCAGUAAACUUGAUAACCAUUCUUUCCACUUUCUUUCUAUUGAUCUGUUAAAAUAAAAUCAUUAUUCUGUUAUUAUUACUUUUACCGAUACUGUUUUGAUUCAUAUUGCUGUCGUAUAAAUUAUUGUGAAAAAUGAUAGGUUUUCUUCAAUGAUAAUAAAGGAAAACUAAAUAUUUCCCUUUUCUUCCUAUUCAUUUUGAUGAUAUCUUUUUUCUAUUUCCUAUGUUUAUCUAUUAGUUUGUUUUUGUCAAAUGUUUUCUUCUUAUCAUUAUUACCAUAGGAGUUCUCUUCGAAAUUGUUUUCUUUCUGUGUAUUUCUUUCAUUUGUACACAGAUCUUUUGAAUUACUUAUACUUACAAGCAUAAAUCUGCAUAAAAAUUAUAAAUUGACAGUUCAAUAAAUAAUAAUAAUGAUUAGAAAAUUUUCAAAUUCAUUGUUACCUGAUUAUGUCUGUGUAUAUUGUCUGAUUGGUUAAUGUUAGAAAUAAUUUCACAGGAUAAUACUAUAUUACUAAAAGUUUGGUUUUUUCUUAUUAUAAGUUGUCUAUUAGUAAAACCGAAUUGUAACUGAAACUAUUUGAAGCAGCUAUCAUCUUUACUUGAAUGAAAUUUUAGUAGGCCUAAUAUAUAUCUCACUAUUAAUAUCAACUUGAAUAGUAGUUUACCACACUCAUUAAUGAAAAAUCAUUUCUAUUCUUUACGGUUACUGUACUGUUCUGUAACAUUUUAACGGUAUAAAUUCUUAAGUAAUCAAGUUUUGUAACAUGUAAUUUCUGUGCUCCGUAUUUUUGAAAAAAAUUGUUUUGCCUCGAUAGGAUCGUGAUAUUUGAAUUCAUGUUAAUGUGUGCUAUCUUAAAUUCUAUUAAUAUUAUAUCUUUAACAGUUUUCUAAGUCCCCUAAACGUUCAAUUUUUGAAUCGUGCCACAAAAUUAAUUUCAAGUUUAAUUCACUUAUAGAAAUCAAUUCAUAUGUGAAUGGUUUCUUGUAACAUUUGGUUUCUAGAUACAAUAAGAAAAUAUAACGAUAAUUCAGUUCUUGAUCAAUCGGAUUGAGAAAUAACAUGACAGGAACAACCUCUAUAUUUACUGAAAAUACUUAGAAGAUAGAGAUAGGCUUUAAGUAAAUCAAGACAUUAAAAAAAUUUUGUGAACUUCGCGAACAUUUAUCGAUAGACUCUAUCAGUUUUUUUAUCAUGUAAAAGAUAGAUUUCAAUUGACGAUCUCACGUGAUUACAAAGUAUUAUUUUUCUAUAUACUAAGAGAAAACAACUUACAGAGUCACAUCUGUCAUUAGUAACAAAGAGGAAGGGAAUCGUUUGAUGCUCAUUUAAGAAUCUCUUCUUAAAAUUUCGCUAAUAAUGAUAAAUACUUCAAGUAUAGUCCUAAUGUUAAACUUCAUACAGAGAAAAUAGUUCUGAUAGGUCGGAAAAACACAUAAUAGGAAAUCAAAAGUUUUGCUCCGUGUAUUUACAGUUUUUAAAAAAAGUCCUAUCCUCACUUGUUAUUAAUAAAAUAGAUUUGAUCUAUUGGAAAUUUUGAAUGCAUUCUAGAUCCUUACAAGAGAAUUUGAUCGUUUUAGCUUGUGUAAUACUGUGCCAAUAUUCAUUUAUUAGUACUUCGCAUGACAAAAAAAUUGAAAGUUAGUCAGCAAAUUGUGUUCCAAUUUUUUUUAAUCAAUGGAUCAUUGGAAUUUGAACGCUUUUGACUAUUCAUUCAAAUUCUAAUUGUCUCAAUACACUCAUGUAUUACAAGAUCUAAUAGAUUCACUCAUCUUAUUAUCAUUAUCAGCUGAGCGCUGGAUUUUGGAGUUAUUCCGAAGUUAUAAUAACAUUCAAUAUAUGUAUCUAGGAUAAUGCCACAUGAAUCUAAUUCAGAAAAUCCGUAUACGAAUGUUGAUCUUGUUUGUG